AUGAAUUUACCUAAUUAGUCUAAAAACCCUAAAAGAAUGAUGAAAACAUUGUUCAUAUCUUAACCAAUAAUAUUUUAAUCUAAAGGUUUAAGCAAAAGUGAUUAGGUUAUAGAAAUUGGUUCAGAAUCAACCUCUACAAAACAUUCUGCUUUUUAGAGUUUAGAAUCUUAAAGCUUAUAAAAGUAAAUGUAUGGAAUAGGAUUUAAUACAGAGAAAUUUAUUCGUGAUAAUUAAUAAUUAGAAGAAGAUAAAAAAAAAAAAAGAGUAUUAAGACCUGGAUAAAUAACUCCAUUAUAAACUAUGUCUUAAAAAUCUUCAAUCUAAAAUAUAUUUUAAGGUAUAUUUAAAACAUUUUUUUAGAGGCUGAAAAUGAAGAACGAAAAAAAUUUAUUGAUUAUACAGGAGGUCCUAGAUUUGAAAAUGAAAAAUAAGAUAAGUUGAUAAAAUACUCAGUAGUAGGAUAUUAAUAAUUUCUUAAAAUUCAUUAAGAAAAGUUAAAAUAAGAUUAAAAAAAAAAGAAAAAUCAGAAUAUAAAUAACGGAGCUACAGAUGAAUCUGCUACAGAAGAAUAGUUACCAUUAAAAACAAGUUAAUUUAAUGAAAAAAUAUAACAAAGUAGAAAAACACCCAAAAAGAAUAGAGGAGAUUAGAAAGUUUUCAAAAAAAGAGAUUUAGUAUAAAUAAUGAGAGAUACAGAAAAAAGAAUUAAAUAAAGUUAAAAAGAAUUAGAAGAAUAGGAAAGAAAAUUACCUUAAAAUGUAAGAAAUGCAAUCACUAGAGAAGAUAGAUCAAUAAAAAAACACGAAGUUGUAAAGACUCUGUGGGAGAAUGUUAAUAUUUAAGUCGCCUCAAAUUGUUUUCGUUAACCUGAGGAAACUAUUAUGGCUAGAUCAGAUUAAUAUAGAGAAAAAAAUCAAAUUGUAUAAGCUUUAGAAUUAUGUAAAGGAGAUGAUGAAAAAAAUAAUAGUCGUUACUGGUAUUUGAAAUUAAGAUGGUAUGAUCAUAAAGAUUCAAGACCUCCAUUUACAUUGUUGACCUAAAAAAAUUAAUAAUAAAGUGAUAGAAGAUUUGAUAAUAGAUUAACAAAUAGAUUUGUUACAGAUACUGAAGCAGAAAGAUAGGAUCAAUAAGAAUAAUUUGUUUUGUCUGAUAUUUAAUCAAAUUUCAAUGCAAAAUUAGUAGAGAAUCCUUUUAAAUAGGUUGAAACAGUUAUAUCUGAGUAAAAAUUAAAGUCACAAUAACUUUCUGGUAAAAGAUAAUUAUAAUAAUUAAGGAUCUCCGAAAUCAAAAUUAUAUUCAACCUAGUUGGAAUCAAUGUAUCAUUAGAAAUUGAAAGAUAAACCAAAAAAAAAGUUCGCUGAUUGUUAAGAUUAUUUAAGUAUAGUUGGAGAGAGUCAAUUUCAAAGAGAACUAAGAAUGUUAAAAAGAGAGUAAAUAUAGGAAUUCAAAUUAGCAGAAAUUCCAAAUGAAGAACAAGAAGUAGUGAUUAGUACAUGGAACAAAAAGAGUUUAGCUAAAUCUGGUGAGCAGAUGAUGUUUUGA